AUGGCCGAUACCUCGGCCCUCCAUAAUCAAGAGAAACGGUCAAGCAGUGUCGUCGAGGAAAAGGACUUCCAUUUCGCAAAUGAUAGCACCCAUGAUCCCCGUUCUCUCGAAGCCAAUGAUCAUAAUCAUUCCGAUGAUGAUGACUCGACCAUUGAAGACUGUGUCGUUGAUUUGACCCAAGUACCAACAAACUCCAGCGCUGUGGCUCGUACCCUCUCUGUCGUUCGAACACGCGAAUCUGGAAAAGACCUCGGCCCCCCGCCGGACGGAGGCUUGCAGGCUUGGACGCAGGUGGCUCUGGGUCAUUUGAUUAUCUUUAAUACCUGGGGGUAUAUAAAUAGUUUCGGUGUCUUCCAAACAUACUAUACAUCGCACUUGAACCGCGCGCCGUCGGAUAUCUCCUGGGUUGGCAGUAUCCAGAUCUUCCUGCUAUUUUUCAUCGGAACAUUCUCUGGGCGUGCCACAGAUGCCGGUUACUUUCGCUUUACGCUGACCGUUGGCGCAACUCUCGAGUGUUUCUGCAUCUUCAUGACUUCGCUUUGCACGGAGUAUUGGCAGCUUUUCCUGGCCCAGGGCUUGGGACAGGGGAUCGGUUGUGGUCUGAUGUUUUGUCCAACUCUGGCGCUGAUUUCGACUUAUUUCGUGAGACGCCGUGGUAUUGCGCUUGGACUUGUGGCUUCGGGCUCUGCGACGGGUGGUCUCGUCUUUCCGGCUGUUGUCAUGCGUCUCUUGCCGCGCAUUGGAUAUGGGUGGACAAUGCGUGUUCUGGGCUUCAUUUCCCUGGCGACCCUCAUUCCGUGCUUGGUUUUCUUCAAGCAGCGUCUGCCGCCGAGGAAGAGUGGCCCGAUUGUUGAGUGGGCGGCUUUCAAGGAGCCUUCUUACCUGCUCUUUGCUAUCGGCAUGUUCCUCAAUUUUUGGGGGCUGUAUGUCGCUUUCUUCUAUGUUGGCAGCUUCAGUCGCAACAUUAUCGGUGUUUCGGAGACUAUCUCGAUCGAUCUGCUCAUGGUCAUGAAUGGCGUUGGACUCGUCGGUCGUUUGGUCCCUAAUUUCCUGGCGGAUCAGUUCACCGGCCCAUUGAAUCUGUUGAUUCCAUUCAGUGGCGCGACGGCCCUGGUGGCCUUCUGCUGGGCGGCUGUGAAAGGUAUGUCGGGGCUCUGGGCUUUUGCGGUGUUCUAUGGUUUGUCUGCCGCUGGUAUUCAGUCGCUGUUCCCCGCCACUCUGAGUACCCUGACAUCAGACUUGAAGAAGACCGGCGUGCGGAUGGGCAUGGUUCUCAGUGUUGUCGCAGUGGCCGCACUGAUCGGGUCGCCGAUUGCUGGCGCGCUGGUGCAGCUUGAUGAUGGCAAUUAUCUGUAUGCGCAGAUGUUCAUGGGCAGUGCAAUCAUCGCAGGCACCUUGACCUUGAUCGGGGCUCGAGUGGUCAAAGUGGGCACGGGCAUCACACGUGUGUAA